GUACAACAUGUUUGGCAUGGGAAGAAAACAUAAUUUUGUUACUUUAUGUAGUUUUCUUCGUGAUGUUUAAUCAACAUAUUUGAUGAUCACCCUUAUUACAUUAUAAAAAAACAAAAAUAUCUGUUUAGAAAAAUCCGGACAAACGCAAAAUGUCUCACCAACUUGGUCGAGUAGUUUCGGAGGUUCUCCUUCGCUAUUACGGUGAAAUAGUGCAGCAGGUCGGAAAUGACCUAUUUUCCUAUGGGACUCGGCCUCUGGCUGUAAUAACCAGGAGCACAGGAUUGCCCAGAUCGCAGGUUAUUGAAAGUCUCCGAACACUAGUGAAGUAUGACCUGGCCACUUUUGAGCCGUCAGCUAAUGAAGUUAUUGCUGACUACCGGCUCAUCCCUGAGAAUGUGCUUCUUCUCAUUAGAUAUCCUAGGUACCUCCUGCAGAUGAAGACCAAGUAUGGCAGUGAAGCAGAGCUCCUCGUGGAAGAGCUGCUUCAGAUGGCCACUGCCACAGCCCAUGUGCUGCUCUUUACUAUUGCCAACAAAUACAAGGAUGAUAAGGAUAAAAACAUUUCAAUAAUAACUCUGAAAGACACAUUCGUCAGCUUAGCCACUGCUGGUUACAUCCAGCAAGCUCCUGUGGCUGAGACAAAGGAGGGCUCCGAGGUUCCAACCCUCACACCCGUAGCAACUAUAGUGCCUGAGCUUGACAGCAGGGUGCUGUUACAAGCCAUGGCAGCAGGCAGCCUGGCUGAUGUCAAUGAUAAUGUGUACUGGAAGGUGAACUACGACAGAUUCCACCUGGACUUCAGAGACGACAUCAUGAUCAAAGCCAUCACACGACGUAUCGACGAGAAUGCGGGCGAGCUGAUGCGCCUGAUGCUGGAGCAGAUGUACCUGUCGUCGGCUCCCUGGGCCGCGGAGUCCAACCCCGCGCCGGCCCCGGACCUGCGCGCCUCCUGCCGCCGCGUCGACCGACCACUGCUGCAGCAACAUCUUGAACAUUAUACCAGAGUUUUAGAAGAGAACGGGUGCGGCUUCGUCCGUCGCGCCGGCGACGCGGGCGGCGGCGCGUGGGCGGUGCGCGCCGGCGCGGCGGCCGAGCAGCUGGCGCGCGCGCUGCUGGACCGCGUGGUCGCCGAGCGGCUCGGGGAUAAGGCCGCUAGGAUAUUUAGAUUAAUUCGCUCCAAGAAAUACAUAGAAGAAGAAGACAUACAGAAAUACGCCAUGCUUCCUAACAAAGAGUGUAAAGAACUCACCUAUAAAUUAUUAGAAGAACAUUUUAUCAGCGUACAGCCGAUGCGAAAAGCUGCAUCCGCUGGUGGAAUGGCAAAGGCUAUCUAUCUUUAUCACAUCGACUUGCAUGACGUGGCGCUGACGUGCCGCGAGAUGUGCUACCGCGCGCUGCACAACGUGGCGCGGCGCGCGGCGGCGGCGCGCGGCGCGCACGCGCGGCUGCUGGACAAGCGGCGCCGCGUGCGCAGCAUCGUGCACGGCAUGCGCGCGCGCGGCGAGCCGCAGGGGAACAUCGACGACGUGGAAGAAACCAUAACGCCGCCGGAGCACCUGGUGCUGCAGGGGGUGGAGAAACAGCUGAAACAGCUGAGCGUGGCUGAACUGGAGCUGGACAAGUCGCUGUUCAUACUCAAGUGGUUUCUUUCCUACUCUAACUGACGCGCCGCUUGAAGUCCGACUAAACUGUACAGACUUUGACAGAACAAAGUGUAGCUGAGUCAGACCAAGUUAACUCUGCAGCGAUUUAUUUUAAAAGUUUAACUGUCAUGAAAUCAGUUAGUUCAGCCUGUGCUAUCAAAAUCGCCGCAGAGUUAUCUUCAUCUGACUCUAGUUGUCUUGAUCUGAUGUCAUUAUCUCAUUAUAUACGUCUUAUUUUCAUAGUAAUUUGUUACUAUGAAAAUAUGGCGUUUAUUAUGACAUUUAUACACUUUUUCUUUGCAAAUGCAAAUGAACUAUUAAUAUAAUAAUUUACAAAACACGAAUACGAAUCAGAUCCAUCAUUUCUUACUUUGAUAAUCGAACUUCGUGGUGAUAAACCUUGCCCCGAGGUCGCAGUGCAAUCUAUGUUUUUAUUUGCGUCACCAAAAAUAGUGUUUCGUAAAAAGUUCCAGAAGUUUUACAGGUCUGGCAGGCGCUAAAAGUUACGUUAAUAUACUGAAAAUACACUGUGUAUUAAAUUUUUACUUAAGUUUAAUAUAAGAUAAAUAAAAAACGUUGAUAUGUU